AUUGUCACUGUCAAUUGUCAUUUCGGCCUAUGUGUCUCGUAUCGCUGUACCGUUAUUUUCGUACACUUUUCGCUAAAAUUCUUGAAUAAAAAUGUUUAAAUAAAUUAUGUUCUAAUAGUUUAAUCAAUAUAUUUGUCCCGUCACAAUGUGUGAAAAGAAGAAAAGUAGUGAAACGGCAAAACCGACUAAUAAAAUAUGGUGGAUUACUUUCGGUAUACUGUGUGGUGCUACAUUUGUAACUAGAUUUUAUAAAGUUUUGGAGCCUGAUCAUGUGUGUUGGGAUGAAACUCACUUCGGUAAGAUGGCUAGUUGGUACAUAAAUAGAACAUUCUUCUUUGAUGUUCAUCCACCUCUUGGGAAGAUGCUUAUAGCACUGUCUGGGAAACUGACUGGAUAUGACGGAACAUUUCCGUUUGAGAAGCCAGGCGACAAGUACGAAGGGGCUCGCUAUGAAGGAAUGAGACUUUUCUGCACUACUUUAGGGGCAUUAAUAAUUCCCCUGACAUUUUUAACUAUAUGGGAAAUGACUAAAUCACUUGAGUCUACUUUAAUUGGGACCAUGCUGUUAUUGUGUGAUGUGGGUUUCCUUACCCUGAAUAGAUACAUAUUGUUGGAUCCGAUUUUAUUGUUUUUCAUGAGCUGUUCAAUAUACGGAGCGUUUAAGGUGCGAACUCUAACUGACAACAAUCUCCAACCGUUCUCCGUCCGCAUGCUAUCCUGGCAGUUGUUCCUAGGCGCCUCCCUAGCCUGCACCAUGUCCGUCAAAUUUGUCGGCCUGUUUGUCGUCCUAUUUGUAGGACUGCGCACCAUAGCCGACUUGUGGAACGUGUUGGGAGAUCUGAAGAAACCUGUCAGCCUAACAGUGAAACACUUGAUCGGUAGAACAGUGACGCUGAUUCUGUGGCCGACACUACUGUACGUGUUGUUCUUCUGGGUCCAUCUCACAGUUCUCAGUAAGAGUGGUAACGGCGAUGGUUUCUACUCAUCCGGCUUCCAAGCUCGACUGGAAGGCAACAGUCUACACAACGCAAGUGCACCGAAGACCGUGGCGUAUGGCGCGCUGAUAUCUCUCAAGAACCACCGCACUGGAGGUGGAUACCUGCAUUCCCAUCAUCAUCUGUACCCUUCUGGAGUUGGGGCUCGACAGCAACAGAUAACUACUUAUACACACAAGGACGAUAAUAACCGGUGGGUUAUAAAGCCAUAUGACAAGGAACAGGUGGAUGGCGUGGUCCUGGUGAGGAGUGGGGACCUAGUCCGACUGACCCACGCGCAGACCGGCCGUAAUCUACAUUCCCAUCGAGAGAGGGCGCCUCUUACUACUAAGUACAUGCAAGUCACUGGAUAUGGAGAGGAUGGUAUCGGUGACGCCAACGAUGUGUGGAAGGUUGUGAUAUCUGGCGGGAAAGAUGGCGACGACGUGCAGACUGUUAGAAGCAAACUCAUGUUCGUGCAUUAUUUACAGGCCUGCGUAUUGACAACAACCGGCAAGCAGCUUCCGAAGUGGGGCUACGAGCAACAGGAGGUGGCGUGCAACCCCAACCUUAGAGACAAGAACGCGCUCUGGAACGUAGAGGACAACGUUUUUGAUGACCUGCCAAAGGUGAGUUUCGAGGCGUACGCGUCAGGCUUCAUAGAACGAUUCCUGGAGUCGCACGCAGUCAUGUUCCAGGGUAACGCGGGACUCAAGCCGAAGGAGGGUGAGGUCACAUCACAACCGUGGCAGUGGCCUAUCAAUUAUAGGGGUCAGUUCUUCUCAGGCAGCUCACACAGGAUCUACCUACUAGGUAACCCGGUCGUUUGGUGGGGGAAUCUGCUGUUCUUGGCUGUCUUUUUCUUCAUAUACGUCAUCAACUCCAUCAGAGAAAAAAGGGCGGAGGCUUUUGGUACUCCUUUACCGAGUUGUAAAACGCGCGAGCUACUAAACGCAGCGGGGUGGACGUUUGUUGGCUGGGCGCUGCACUACGUGCCGUUCUGGGCGAUGGGACGCGUCCUCUACUUCCACCACUACUUCCCAGCUCUCGUCUUCAGUUCCAUGCUCACAGGCAUCCUCACAGAAUACCUGUUGACCAGCAUCAAGAGCUUCCUGAGCCCAGAGCUUGGAAGAACGGUAUACCACUGCAUCAUAGGCCUUGUGCUCUCCACAACCAUAUACAGUUUCUAUUUAUUCUCUCCACUGGCUUAUGGAAUGAACGGCCCAUUGGCCCAUGAACCUAAUUCCACUAUGUCAGGGUUGAAAUGGUUGGAGAGUUGGGAAUUUUAGGCCAGUAAGACACUUCUAGUAUUGCGAGUGUGUGGGCGGCGCGGGCCACGCGUUUCUCACUAAAUCCAACUGCCUUUUCUUUGAUUGUCCUCUUAGUUUCUAUCCAAGAAAUUGGUAUUGUUAUGUCACAAAUUAUUAAUGAAUUCUAUUCUAUCAUAAUAUAGUAAAUAUUGUACAUGUAAAAGUUCAUAUGCAUGUUCAGAUCUGAGUAAUUUAUUUUGCAUGUAUGUUCUGAGUGAAACAAACUCAGUACAAAAUAUACAUGUAAACAUUUCCUCAAAAUAAUUUAAACUAGUUUAACUUGGCAUAAUCUUGGGACUAAGUCUUGAGAGAAUAGUCGCGGAGAACCUAACGGCUUAUCGGAGCUCCGGCUCGACGUGCAGGAGAAGGAACGGGAUGGUUUUUAGUCA